CAACAGCAAACAACAGCGAAGCAGCAGCAGCAGCACCACCACCACCAUGGAGGAGCAGCGUGACCUCAUCAACAGCCACGAGCAACUCCCCAUUCUUGGCCAACACCCCAGGGCCCAGCAGAGCAACUGCAGCCGUGGAGCCCUGGCCACUGGCUUCUCUAUCAUGGUGGCCCUGCUCCUGGCUGGCCAGGCCACCAUGGCCUACUUCCUGUACCAGCAGCAGGGACGUCUGGACAAGCUGAUGGUGACCUCUCAGACUCUGAAGAUGGAACAGCUGCGCCUGAGCCUUCCCAAGUCUGCCAAGCCUGUGGGCAAGUACCGAAUGGCCGCUCCCAUGAUGAUGCAGGCACUGCCCAUGGCGGAGCAGUUCCAGAAGCCCCUGCAGAACGCCACCAAGUACGGCAACGCCACGCAGGACCACGUCAUGCACCUGCUCCAGAGGGCUGACCCCCUGAAGGAGUACCCGCAGAUGAAGGGCAGCUUCCCGGAGAACCUGAAGCAACUCAAGGACAGCAUGAGCAGCCUGGAGUGGAAGGCCUUCGAGGGCUGGAUGCACCAGUGGCUCCUGUUUGAGAUGAGCAAGAACUCCCAGGACGUGGGCCCCACAGAGGCGCCAACCAAAGCACUGACCAAGUGCCAGGAGGAGGUCAGCCGCGUCUCGGCCGUCCAUCCGGGCUCGUUCCGUCCCAAGUGUGACGAGAACGGCAACUACCUGCCGCUGCAGUGCUAUGGCAGCAUCGGCUACUGCUGGUGCGUCUUCCCCAACGGCACCGAGGUCCCCAACACCAGGAGCCGGGGGCACCUGAACUGCAGUGACCCCCUGGAAAUGGAGGAGCUGUGGUCUGGAGAGGGAGUGACCACGGAGAAGCUUCGCCUAGCUCUUUGAGAGCAGCUGAUGCAGACACCAGCCCCCCAGGAACCAGGCAGCAACAGCUCUUCGCCCUGACCCUGCUGCCAUGAACCCCUUGCUGCCCCCCAACCUGCUCUCACCCCAGUACCUGAGACCCAACACAACAGAUCCUGCCAAAAGAUGGCCCAGGACCUGUCAGGACCUGCCUCUGGGCACCCACGAAGUCUCCUUCCCUCAUGCUUAGGCUGUGACUUUCCAGCCCGGAUGUGGGGGGGGGGGGGGUGGUGGUGGUGGGGGCAGUGAAACAGAAUUCUGCCCACCCACCUGCUCCUCACUGUCCUGAGUCCCCUCAGCUGAGCCAGCUUGUCACUACCCCUGGGGGCGACAGCUUGUGUGACAA